AUGCGAUGUCGAAUACCGACAUUAGACAAGCCUUUGAUGAGGUUCUUUGCUUGGUAUACGGCCAACUUCCUGGUCGAUUACUACUACAUCUUCAUCAUCGGACCUGUUCUUCUUACCGCGUUCCUAGGCUUGGGUCUACUUCGUAUCAAGGAGCUGACCAUACUUGACGCCAAAGUGUUGUACACACCAUCCACAGCGCCGUGUUGGUUUGAAGAAGAAACGUUGUCAAAUGUAAGCCCAAUAUCCACCAUUUUUAAUUCGUGUAUCAUUCAAUAUUUACAUUAUUUUAACCUCAUACCACUGUUAAUUCAUAUUUAGUUAUGGCCCAUACGACCGAAUGAAUUUCUACCUGAAAGAACCUUCGAAUGGAACAGGUUUGUCUAUCUUGUCGUACAUGGAAGAGAACUCAACGAUACCGGUCUGCCCAACAUUCUGCAGAACAAAUAUUUGGAUGCAAUCGAGAAACUGGAGUCGGAUGUCGCUGAAAAUGUAGCCUUUGGGAUGAAAAAGAGCUGGAAGACCAACCAGACCAGCAACAUCAAGGAUAUAGUCCGAUUCAAGGUAAAAAAACAAAAUAAAAGUGAAAAACAAAAGGAAAACAAUAAAUUAGCUACAAACGUAGCUCAACAUUGCUUUCAGAGCAUUAUUGUAACUUUGGUUGGUAAAUUUUUGAUAAAAAACAAAGAUCUUUUAUGUUGAAAUGCCUGACAAUUUUUUGUCGUUGCUACAUAAUGCCAAAACGGUUUGAAAGACACAAAAUGGAGCGAAAUUCAAAUCAGUUGCUUAAUUUCUCAAAAUUUUGAAAAUUAUAAAAAUGAAGAGUAGUUUUUGUGCUUUAUUCAUCUUUUUUUUUUUUAUUGUUUAAUGAUAUUAUCCAUGACAAUAUAUUGUUGUUUUAGGAUUUAUGUCUCAAUUGGAAUGGAGAAUGCUACCGUCAGACAGGCAUCAUAAACCUUUUGAAACGGCGAUCGGACUUCGAAUCCCAUGGAAUUGGAGUGACGUUCCCUCGGGCAAAUACCAAAGGGAAUCCGAUAUAUCUGGCAUUUAACGUUGGGGGAGUCGAGACUUUCAAAAAUGACUCCAUCAAGGUAACUUAUUAUAUUAUAGUAUCAUACUAUUACGUUUCUUCAACUUUGUGAUUUAAAAUCUUCUUUAAAGUAUGUACUAUUCGACUGUUGUUACAAUAAUUACCAGAUUAGUAGAAAGAUGUUGUUGUAGGUGGUAAAGGGCAUGCGAUUGUUUUAUUUCCUGCGAUUCGAGACUCCCGAGUACAAUGAAAUGGCAAUGGAAUGGGAAGAAACUGCCAAACAAUACAUACGAUCUCACUGGAUCGACCAUCCUUUGUUGGAGGUAAUUGCAUUAGGGGGGGAUGGCAUAGCCUUGAACUGGUUAUCGAAACGUGGUUUUGUAAAUGGUAUAUUCUGGUUGAAGUGGGAUGACACAUAUGUAACAAUAUAACCUUAGAAAGGUGAUGACAAGUAAUGAAGCUUGAGUAUUGAUUGCACAAUCUAAACAGAAAGUUAAGAUAGUUUAAGAUAAUAAAAUCAGUUGUUGUAAUUAACUUAUAGGUUCAUGUAAAACAUUCCCGGAUAUACGAUCAAGGACUGACCGAAAAUGCCAAUAAUUUAAAGCCGUAUUUCACGGUUACUGUGGUUGUUCUGAUUACUUUCACCACAUUAUAUGCUUUGAAGUGGUCAUUCAACGAGGACUAUGCUUACUUUCCAAGUAAGUCACUCACGCUUUCUAAUGCAAAUUUUGCUUUUAAACGUGUCAUCUUAUGAAUGACAUACGGUUUUCAGUUGACAGUACGUUGUUAACAAGACCUUUUGUUUUAGUUCGAAUCGACUGGUUGAGGUCAAAGCCUGCGUUAGCCUUAGGAGGCGUGUUAUCUUCAGGCAUGGCGAUAGUAAGCGGUAUUGGUAUGUUGUUAUGGUUUGGCUGCUUCUUCACCGAAAUCACUUUGGUCGCACCGUUUUUGGUGUUAUGUAAGUGUGAUUAUUAUUCUGUUACUUUACUUUCAUACAUUUUUAGUUCCUCUGAUGUUAAUUUCAUGUUUUACCACGCCUAGUUCAUUAUGUUAAACAUAACGGACAGUAACAUAUCUUUAAUAAGGUGUUACUUUCAGCGAUAGGAGUGGAUGAUAUGUUCAUAGCUGUGGCGGCAUGGCACAAUACCGAGUUGAAGUUCACAGAGAAGACCAGAGAGUCGCUGAAGCAUCGUAUGAUCGACGCGAUGUCAGAGAGUAGUGUAGCCAUCUUCAUCACGUCAAUGACUGAUGUAUUCUCGUUUGCCAUCGGCUGCUACACCGACAUCUUGGCUGUGAAGGGAUUCUGCAUGAUGACAGCUGCCUGCAUGUUCUUCACCUUCUUCUAUCAGGUAUGUUUGGGGCUAGGGUGCUAAAAGAAGGUGAUAAAAUGAUAUUCUUUAUUGUAGAAUUAAAGUGAUUUCUUAACCUUUAGAAUUAAUCCUUAAAAGAUUAAAACUGACACUUUAGGUGACAUUCUUUGCGGCUUUGAUGGUGGUCAGUGCCAAUGUGCAGAUGUCACAGCGCAACUCUUGUAUACCUUGUGUUAAGACGGUGGACAGAUACGAAGAUACGACAAAACGAAAGCAGUUAAAGUCGAGAGAGAACAAAUCAUUGGAACAAGUUGUGGAAGCCAAAAGAAGGGCUAUAAUACUAGGUUUGUCAUCAUAUUGUAAUAGUGUCAUAGCUGUCAGGUUCAUGAAGAUUUUUCUUAACUUUAGAUCAACAACGAUUUGCGACAGACGAGUUGAAUAAGAAGUUUGCUAAUGGAAGUUCAUCUCCAAGUUCUCAGACAUCAAACAGUUCUUCUGAAUACUCUCUGGACACCAAGUCCAGAGGAAUCAUGGGACAGUUCUUUAGGUAUCAUUUAACGCUUUUCACAUUAUAAAACUUGGGCACGGUCAAAAGUUAUAAAAAAAGAAAGAACUUUUUAAACUUAAAAGGUAGCAAAUUAGGAGAUCUUAUAAUCAGCCAAUCAAGCUAAUGUGAACAUCGUUUCCAGACAAUACUACAUCGACUUCAUCUUGAACACCAAGACCAAGAUCCUGAUGUUGUUCAUCUUCAUCGGCUAUUUGACCCUCUCCGUGUAUGGCAUACUUACCAUGGAGCAGGGUCUGGAUUACGAAAAGCUGCUUCUGAACACGGAUCCCCUCGUUCGGACGGUGAAGAUGGAGAUCGAGUUAUUCCACGGAGGAGAUCAGAUCGAAAUCGCAGUCUCCAAGGCGCCCGACAUGACCAAGGCGGAGAACAGAAGGCUGGUGGACAAGAUCGUGGCAGAGUUCGAGUCCAUUGAGUAUGCCAUUGGACCUAAAGGGACCCAGUUGUGGACAAGGGAGUACCAGAAGUACGCCAAUCAGACAGGUAAAGGCUUCUUGUCCAUUUAAUAAGUUCAUUCAUUUAAAAAUAAUAUGCCAUUAAUUAAAACUCGUCAGACACUCAAUAAAGUCACCAAGAAGCUUCCUACAACAAUAUAAUUUAGGCGCCUUUCUCCACGAUGAUCACGAAUCCUGGGUGCUCGGAGUGUACGAGUGGAGCCAGCUGUUCGCCUACUACAAGCUCUGGUCGCAAGACUUUGCCUGGUCGAACGAACAAACCCCCGAGAAGAUCAACAUGACAUCGUUCCGCUUCAGAAUCGGCGUCAAGGAAAUGAAUACGCCCACGGAUUUGGUAAGAGUAACACAGAUGCUGAGGGAUGUGGCUACCAAAUACGAACAUCUGGGCAUAGUAACAUACCAACAAAGUCGCAGCAUCGCUGACCAACUGAACGUUCUCUUACCCAAUACUAUGCAGAACGACGUGGCCGCGAUGUUCUGCAUGAUCCUUAUCAGUCUUCUGUUUAUCCCAAACCCGUUGUGCACCUUCUGGAUUACCGUAGCAAUGGUGACUAUCGACCUUGGGGUUAUUGGUCUUCUGUCAUUGUGGAGUGUCAAACUCGACCCAAUAUCUAUGAUAACAUUGAUCUUGUCUAUAGGCUUCUCUAUCGAGUUUAGUGCUCAUGUCACUUACGGCUUCGUGAGUAACGAGAACAAUCUGACGCCGCGACAACGAUGUAUUGACACGAUGGAGAAGCUGGCGUGGCCAAUGGUCCACGGCUCCAUGUCUACCAUCUUAGGGGUACUAGUUUUAGCAUUCAUCAACUCGUACAUGGUACUCGUCUUCUUUAAAACCAUCUUCUUGGUGCUUGUUGUGGGCAUUUUUCAUGCCCUUGUUAUACUACCCAUUGUUCUUCAUGAUACCGCGCCUUUGACUGACAGACUCAACAACUACUUCAGAUAA